GUAGACCAAGAAAAGCGUCAAAUCCAUUCGUACUUUUCUCCAUUGCCUUUGCUCAAAAUGCCCCACAAACCAAGUACCUCUACUUCUGGGGAAACGCAAGUUCUGCCUUACAGUAGUGCGCCAGUGUUGCAUCAGGUCGAGCUUUCUCCGUUGUGCAACUGCUGCCCGUCUAGUUUGGAUUGCACUGAGCCGGAUUGACACUUUCCUGCUUCUUCUCAACACCCUCUCGUCUGCCCUCUCACCCGCCAGGACCUCACUCAGUCAACAAACGCAGCUUGACAAGCCAACCACCGACUAGCCACCGUCCUCCGUCGCUUUCCACCUCACCCUAUUGUCACCCACCUGAGGUUCUCUCCUCUCUCCAUUCACCCAGACCAAGCUUGUCCUACAUUGCACUGCUUGUUUCUGUGCAUUGCGUUUCCACGUAGCUGGCGUCCGACAGCCCGGCUUCCUCCAAUACCACUGCAUCCCUACCGUCCCGUCCACAUACCUUAUACAUACACUGGUCGCCGUCGCCCUUAUUCGAAGCUUUUCUGCGAGCCACGAUUCACUCCCACCUCUCUCAGCAACUCAAGAAGCUACCGACUUUUGCGACGGAGCUGUGUCCAGCACCAAUCUGCCCAUUUUGGUCUCCCUCAGAGAAUCAAACAAGCACCAGCCCACCCCUGUGUGCUUUUCACGUUGCCGUCACUGGAGCUUUGGGUACUUGAUCUUCCUGGCAUUUACCCCUCCAUCAUCCCCGCAAGCUCAUCCCAGCCAGUCUCAGCUAACACCUUACCCUCCCGCCACAGGACACCCCAGCAUACCUUAGCUAUUCUUGUUCCCUAAUUACCUGCCACCCAUCGAACGAACCCUCCACGAAAUCUUUCGCACCACCAUCUUCCACCGAACACCUUCAGCACCAAGCAAAUCGCACAAGAUGCCUUCGCUCGUCCCCGACGAAGAGACUGCGCCUGGUCGCCUACUACUGCUCUCCAACCGACUGCCCAUCACCAUUAAGCGUUCCGACGAUGGCAGUUACUCCUUCUCCAUGUCCUCUGGUGGUCUCGUCACCGGCCUCAGCGGCCUGUCAAAAACGACCAGCUUUCAAUGGUACGGCUGGCCAGGCCUCGAAGUUCCCGAGAACGAAAUUGCCGGCAUGAAGCAGCGCCUCAAGGACGAAUACGAUGCUCACCCUGUCUUCAUUGAUGACGAGCUCGCUGACAAGCACUACAACGGCUUCUCUAACUCUAUUCUCUGGCCGCUUUUCCACUACCACCCCGGUGAAAUCACAUUUGACGAGAGCGCAUGGGCCGCUUACCGCGAAGUCAACCGCCUGUUUGCCAAGGCUGUCGUCCAGGACGUUCAGGAUGGCGAUCUGAUCUGGGUUCACGACUACCAUCUGAUGUUGCUGCCUGAGAUGCUUCGCGAGGAAAUCGGCGACUCCAAGAAGAACGUCAAGAUUGGCUUCUUCCUGCACACGCCUUUCCCUUCUUCCGAAAUUUACCGUAUCCUUCCCGUUCGCGAAGCCCUCCUGACGGGCGUCCUCGACUGCGAUCUCAUCGGAUUCCAUACCUACGACUACGCUCGUCACUUCUUGAGCAGUUGCUCUCGCAUUCUUGGAACUCCUACGACCCCUAAUGGUGUUGAUUACAAUGGCAAAUUCGUCACCGUUGGCGCAUUCCCCAUCGGUAUUGAUCCUGAGAAGUUCGUCGAGGGCCUCAAGAAACCCAAGGUUCAGGAGCGCAUUGAUGCUCUUACGCGCAAGUUCAACGGAGUCAAACUCAUUGUCGGUGUCGAUCGCCUCGACUACAUCAAGGGUGUCCCUCAGAAGCUCCACGCAUUGGAAGUCUUCUUGACAGAACACCCCGAAUGGAUCGGCAAGAUCGUGCUAGUUCAGGUUGCCGUGCCUUCGAGACAGGACGUUGAGGAGUAUCAGAAUCUGCGAGCCGUGGUCAAUGAGCUUGUCGGCCGGAUCAACGGCAAGUUUGGCACCAUCGAGUUCAUGCCCAUUCACUUCCUCCACCAGAGCGUCUCCUUCGACGAGCUCACAGCUCUUUACGCCGUUUCCGACGUCUGCCUUGUUUCCUCCACGCGCGACGGCAUGAACCUGGUCUCGUACGAGUAUAUUGCUACUCAGCGCGAGCGUCACGGUGUCAUGAUUCUGUCCGAGUUCACCGGCGCUGCGCAGUCCCUCAACGGCUCUCUCAUCGUCAACCCAUGGAACACUGAAGAGCUAGCAAACGCCAUCCACGAUGCCGUGACCAUGUCCCCGGAGCAGCGCGAGACCAACUACAAGAAGCUCGAGCGCUACGUUUUCAAGUACACGUCAUCCUGGUGGGGACAGUCCUUCGUCGCCGAGAUGACUCGCCUCUCCCAGGAGGCGACGCAGUCUAAGACGUUGAAGAACGUUGGCGGCAACGUGAUUGGUCAGGUCACCAAGGCGAUUCAGGGCGCUGUCGAUAGUGUCACCGGUAGCAAGGAUGGCGCGGAAGAUGCAAAGGAGACGAAGGCGGAGAAGCAAGAAGCAUAACGGCCAAUUGUAUAUCCAACAAAACUUGCAAACCAAGUUAUCUACUUUUCCACUGGACAAGAGGCCGCCCGGCCCGUUUUAACGAAAGCAUGAUUGAAAGAGAGAAAAGAAGAAAACGUUGCCCUUUUCGGGCAAAUUUUAGCUGGGCGAGGAAGCAUACAUGAUCGGAAACAAUGGCAUCGAGCCGAGCGGAGUUUUUGGGAUUUUCUUUUCAUGUGCUUUUGUUUCAUUGCUGAUGCUGGCGAGGGGGGUACGGAUGGACCGAUCGCAUGAGAGGGAAAUGUGUCGCACAUGAGGUCUUUCCAAUGCAUUUGUUUUGAUUUGGUUUGCUCUAGGGUGCAUGACCGUAAUAGACUAUCUACUACCUAUUUGCUCCAGGAGAGCUGGGCAAACCAGCCUACCUUGUAAACGACGCAAUACACGGUAUCAAGGGCAGGCAACGAGGAUUCAUUCAGAGUUCAUGUGCAUUCAGAGUUGUAUGAAUUUGAGAAAAAAACGGGCUAAUUUCGCAUUUGCCAGAACUAGAAAAGGGAGAAGUGGAACAAGCUACCAAAGCUUGCUCACUCGCGGAGCUCUCAAAAGGUAUCUAGAAAGGUACCCCUUCUUCUCGUCAUGGUAAAAUAUCAAGAGAGAGAGGAGGUAACGAAGUAAAAAAGCAAGCAAGAGUGAAGAUACCUGGCGGCACAAGAGCAAGAAGAAGUAGAAAAGAAGAGACAAACGUGUUGUGCUGUAAGUCCCUCCCGUAAAAGACCCCCCUCCUCCUCCCUCAUCACACUCCCGUCCCUUUGCGCUACGCAAAUCCAGCGUAUUCUCAACCUUGAAAACGCCAUCGUGGGGAUCAAAUAGUCCAACAUGAACGCAUCACACAUAACACACAAAGAAGGCCUCCCUCUCUCGUCCAACUUAGUACGGCGACGCGACGAUAUCCUCCUUGCCCAGCUUGUACCGACCGCUCUUGGGCGUCGUGAUCCGUCCAGAGUCCCUGCGGCCCAUGCUGAGCUGUGCAAAGUUGCCGGCGAUGCUCUCGCGCGUAGGGCGCUUGAGACCCUGCUUGCCGACCAUGUUGACCUCGUUGGGGAGGGCGACAAUGACGUUCUUGUCCGUUCCGAACUUGAAGUCGUCGGCCUUGACCUCCUCGGCGUAGCGCUUGAUGCGGUAGGCGGCCUUGGCUCCGCGGAGAACCUUCUUCAAGCUCCACUCCACGAUGUACGGGCCGGUAGCGGUGAUGAUGCUCGUUUCCUCGACGCCCUCGCCGGCGUUGAAGCGCGCAGGUGUGAAUGACACCGGCUUGCCGGUCUCGUGGGCGAACUGGGCAACGUGCUCGGGCGUCAGGGCCAGACGGCGAGGUUGAGGCUUGUCGGAAGCAGCGAAAGACUUUUCGAAACCAAGCUUGCCCUCGUUCUUGCCAGACUUUUGCAUCGCGUCGAUGAGCAGGAUGUACGUUCGGCAAGUGGCGAGGACCCAGCGACCAUCGGCAGAUGUAUCGAGACCGAGAAUGGCUUCACCGAGAGCGGGGAUGUGAGUCUUGGCGUUGAUUCCUAGGCGAUCGAAGAGGCGUACGUCACCCUUGUUGGAAGCGACGGCGAUGUAUCCCUUCUCCGUAGUAGAGAUAGCCGAGAAGUCGUUCUUGGAAACGUACUGCUUCAGCUGAGAAUCAACCAGCUUGGUGCCGGACAAACGAGGGUCGACCCGGUAGAGGGCAUUCUUGGAAAUACCAAGGAAGGUCGGCUCGUGGGUCACCUGGGCGAACUUGUUCUCGGGAGCAAAGUUAAGGACAGGGAUAUCCUCGUGAACAUUCCACUCGUCGACGACCUUGCCGUACUCGAGAUCCAUGCGAUACAGCUUGUUGGGGUCCGACUCGUUCUGAAGAAUCAUGUUGCGAUCCUCGUUGUGAAGCAUAACCUUCUUGGGGCUGAACAGUGUACCCUUCGGAGUCUCGACCUUGGAAAUAUUGGUGGAGAACUCGAGGUUGUUGUUCGCCGUGUGCUUGAAGACGCCAAUCUUGGAUCCGCGCACGACGAAGGACCGGUCGUGCUUGUAGCCAACCGCAAGCUGAGAGUUGACGUUGCCAUCCUCGUCCUUGGUCUCAACAUCGUCAUCCUCCUCGUCGCUGUCGUAAUGCUCGCUACGCUGCGCAUCAUCCUCUGCAUCUUCGUACUCCUCUUCCUCUUCCUCCUCCUCCUGCUCUUCGGGGGUAUCUUCCAUAACCAAAUCAUUGAAGGCGGACGUAAUGUACUCCUGUUCUCUGUCCGUCUUCUUCUCCCACUUGACCUCAUUCAGCUGCUCCCACAGAGCUCUGAGGAGAGCUUCUUGGAAACGUUCCAAAGUCGGCUGGUCCUUGAAACGGAGCAGCCAAGAGUAUGCUGAGCCAUCGGCAGAGAAGUGGUUGAAGAUGAAGGACAAGAACUCGAAGUUGAAGACAGGAUUGAUAUCUGCGAUAAUCGGGAUGCCCAACCAAGCGCGGUCCUCGCUUUCGAUUUGCAACCAGUACUCCCACUUCCCAACUUCCGUGACAGUGGCAGUGACGGCGGCAGCUUGCUGAAUGAAGGAGCCAGAGGGAUGGUCAUAAAAGUGCAGCUCACAGCUCUCGGUGGCGUACGUGUCGAGAGCUUCUGGGGCCUCGGCCGACUUCGGAGGGCCAGUCGGCUUGGACUUCUUCUCCGGCGUGACAGGCAUCUUGGCCGGCGUCUUCGUAGGGGUCUGGACAAGUGAUUGCUCUUCCUUCUUUGUGGGUGUGAUCGGGUCUUGCGGCACGAACAGACUAUCGGCAGACUCGAUUGAUCUGACGAGCGUAGGGCUGUGGAUGGGGCUUGCAGGAGGAAUCGGCUGCUCGUCCUCAAAUUCGAAUUGCUUCAGGUCGACUUCGGAUGCUGUUGUGUGCGGCUUGCGGUAUUUGCGCUCGUACUGGCACUCUUUGGCGACACGCUCGAACUGCGCAACUUGUCCAGGAGACACAACGUUGUCGCAAACGAACUCAUAGACGUCACCAGUAUCACCACUCAGGUCUCUCCAGGCCAGAAUCUUCUCCUUGCCUUCCCGGAUCUCGAUACGGAAGUGGAGGGCCUCGUCAAGCAGGAAGGUCUUUUCGUCUCUUUCGGCGGCGGCAAGUGCGUCGAUCUCGGCGUCCUCUCCUUCCUCCUCGGCUAGAAGUUCGGCCUCGCCUUCCUCGUAGACUCUCUGUACCACGAGCUGGUAUUGGAAAUCCUGCGCAGUUCGUCGGAUGCGGGCAGCUGCGUCCUUGAAGAUGAGUUCGGAGUAGCCCUUCGGCGAGAGGGGGCGAACGAGGUAGAGUUGUCCUUGGGGGAGCUCGAUGAGAGAUUCUUGGUUGCUAGAUCCAAAGAUGAGUUUGCCAACUAGAAAAGAGAAAAAAUGUUAGCAUGUACUUAAGGGUUCUGGAAAAUCGCAAACCGGCGCGGCAGUCACAAGUUGGAAAGGCGUUGAUCGCGAAACGGUGACGAAAAAUGACGCCCGACGAACGGUUCACAUGCGCCUCGCCGUCGGUCGCGGGAUAAGGCACAGCGGCGCGGUGAAUCCUCCAAGUGAUAGAGUAGCGGGGUAAACUUACCGUUUCUGAGGACAAACAUCUUG